UCUGCAACGACUUGCAGCCUUCAUUAUCGCUUCGGUGGUGUUGAGUACGCUAUAGUGCGGAAACUGUUAAUGCAUUCUACUUUAUCGGCCAGCACGAACAUAAGAUACAUUUUAGUCACCGGGUACGAAGAGCCUUAAACCUAUUAUUAUUGUUUCGACAUAAUCGUAUUGCUCGCGAUAGUUAAACGUUCAAACUUUACGCAUGGAGAAUAGCCUAGAGAACAUCAGGUGAUGCACAUGUAAAGGACUAGCCUACACAUGGACGGAUGGGAACUGUAUUUCCUGAAUACUAAAUGCUGCUGUUAUUCUCCAUCCAUCCCACAGCACGACACUUGUUGAUUUGAAUAGACUUCAUCACAGCAGACUGCUGCUUGGGAAUACUAUUUUUCUUUUGUGGGAGACCUGCGGCUACAGAUGGAUCGUAACCCUUCGGGAGGGUGUCAUUCGUUUUACCCGGGCUGUGUGUUACAGAGGCGGCGAUGAUCCUCGGCUUUUAACAGGUGGACCGCCUGGCACCAUCAACAUCCUCACAUACCUAUCUGCUACCAGGGAGGAGGCAUGGGCAACCAGGUGGAUAAAAUGAAACUGUCACAUCAAAGUUACGCAGAAGUUCCCACAGUGGACCCCAACGGGCUGGACACUGAGGAGGGUCCUCGGAUCGGAGUGUCUUAUAUUUUCUCAACCGAUGACGAGGAACAGGAGGGUGAUAACAGUAACGUAGAUGGAGCGGAUAGGGAGCCCCACGCUGGUACGGAACAGAAACACUACGACAAGAGCAACGAGGUGGAGUGCGCGGUUUACCACCGGGAGGAAUGUAUUUACGAGAAGAGCGUCAAGACCGCGGACAUGGAAACCUACUCCCCCGAGAUCCUUCUAAACAAAUGCAAGGCAGGUGACCUGGUGGAGUUCGUAACAACGGGGCAGUGCCCCCACUGGGCGGUGUAUGUCGGGGACUUCCAGGUGGUGCACCUGCACAGAGCAGAGAUAAAGAAUAGCUUCCUGACAGACGCCAGCCAGGGAAGGAGAUGUAGGAUAGUCAACGAGCUGUAUAAAUUCAAAGCCCUCAGCGCCGAUAUGGUGGUUCAGAACGCCAUGGAACAGGUUGGCGCUAAAGACAGAGAGUUGAGCUGGAGAAAUGCAGAGUGCUUUGCCGCUUGGUGCAGGUUUGGCAAACGGGAGUUCAAAAUGGGUGGGGAGAUCAAGAUAGGAAAACAGCCAUACAGGUUAAAGAUCCUGAUGUCAGAUAAACAAUCUCACAUGCUGGAGUUUCAGAGUUUGGAGGACUUGAUCAUGGAGAAGAGGAGAAACAACCAGCUGGGAAGGACAUCGGUGGUCCAGGAGCUGGCCAAUCAUUUGAACAGUGUCUGGGAGAUCAAAAGUGAUCCACUCAGUGAUCCAAUAACAGCACAGACUGCACAGUGAUCUGAUGGAUUUAAAGACCAUGAUGGCCCUUGCCUAUCCAAUCACAGACCACUAUUUGAGUGGCGUUCCAAACACAUAUUUUAUUCCACAUUUUGAUGAAUAGAAUAAAUACAUCGACCAUUCAUGUCUAGUUGUUAUUUGAUUGAUGGAAGAAAAAUAGUUUUAAAGGUGCAGAAUAUGAUUUGUUCACGUUGAUGUUUCAUAAUGAUUGAAAUAAAAUAUACUGUACAUGUUUCAUGUCUCACCCAGGAAACGAUCCUACAUACAUACCUCUAGCCCUAAGGUUAUGUCAUUCUGAUGAAAACAUGUUGUAGAGUAUAGGUUGAUCAAUCAUCUAGCUUAUUGUACCGUACCAAUAAAUUAAGUCAAGUAAAUGAUCAUUACA